AUGAAUGGAGUUAAAAAACUCAACAGCGAGUCAACUGAGUUGCCUGAUUGUGUUAUAUCUUAUAUCUUUUCCAAGUUAAGUUUGAAGAAUUUGGUGAAAACUAGUGCUUUGUCCAAACAAUGGUAUCAUGAAUGGGGAUUAAGGAAGGACCUCACGUUUAAUCUCCAUAACAUGUUUGACUAUAAUACACUUCCAGAGUUACCAAUAACCCGCCCACUCUUUCAACAACUUCAAUCUCAAUUUGCCACAAGAUUGGAUUAUUUCAUGCAGAAAUAUCCCGGUGACAUGAUCAGUUCAAUCCGAGUAAAAUUUCCAUUAGGUGUCGAUCAUACUUAUGCCAUUGAUGGAUUGAUUCACAAAGGAGUUCUUAAGGGUGCCAAUCGUAUUGAGCUUCUCUUCUCAUAUAAAACUGAUUUGAAAAUACAGCCCUACAAAUUUUUAUUUCCUUUCUUGUCUGGCACUAAUUCUGUUACAUAUCUGCACCUACAGAACUGCCACAUAGCAACAUCUAUGAAAUUUUCUGGCCUGAAGAAUUUGAAAACUCUUGUGUUGACUCUAGUUCCUGUGGAGAAGAAUAUGCUUCGGCACCUAUGCUUUAACUGCAUCCAUCUUGAGAACUUCACUCUUAACCAAUGUAUCUUCUUAUCUGAUUUAAGAAUAAGGAGUACAACAUUGCUUCAUUUGAACAUUGACUGCGGGCGAACCAUUACAAAGGCCACCAUGGCAAGGAAAAUUGAUAUCAUUGCAUCAAAUCUCUUAUCCAUUGAAUAUUCUUCAAAGUGUAUCUUUCCACAUAGAUUGCACAAACUGAACAUUAAUUCUCAUACCUUAUCCCAGUUUAACUACAGAUGUUGUCAAAUUUCUAAUCUUGUUAAAUUUUCCCGAUUGAAAAAUGUGACAACAAUUGUGUUGGAUGGACUCUUUGAACAUAUACGAAGUGAUGUUGUAACUCAUUUGUUUUCUAAAUGUCUCCAACUUGAAGAGGUCACCUUUAAGAAGUGCAGGCUCUCGUGUGAGCUGAAAAUUAUCAGCGCAAAGUUGCGUCAUUUGAACAUAAUUGAUUGUCGUGGUCGGGAACAUGAUUCUUUUAAGAUAGAUAUUGAUGCUUUGAAUCUCUCAUCUUUUGAAUAUAGAGGUUACACGAGCCCCAUAAUCUCUGUUGAGGCUCCAAAGUUAUUGAAGGUUUUUUGGGACGGAGGUUUUAACAAGAUAGAUGUAUAUAACUUUGGUACAAUUGCAAAAUUACAUCAUAUUGAGAAUUUAACUAUCAAUUCUUACCUUUCAUUGAUAUUCAGGUUUACAAAGGAGUAUUUGGGUCAAUAUCGAAAUCUUAUACAGUUGAAAUUAUUUAUUGAUGGAGAAUAUUAUCCUAAUAAAGACUACUUUGGAAUUUUAGAUAUUGCAAUGGCUUCUCCGCAUCUCCAAAAACUUUCUCUAACAAUUAAAAAUAGACAUACAAAAAUAUCACAUAUGGUUGAAUCCCAUAGGCAAAGAAGAGAGUAUGUCAGAUUUUUUCAUAAUGGUUUAAAAUAUGUGGAGUUGCAUGGCUGUGUUUGCUCCAUAAAAGUAAUUGAGCUAGCAAGUCAUCUAUUGAGGAGCGCAACUUUGCUAAGGCAAAUUACUUUCAGUUCUCGUCACAAUUACUAUAUAGGUGCUGGAGCAUGGACUAAUAAUGGCUCCAAUGGUUGUUGUUGGUUUGAACGAAAUCUUAUUCAUGAGCAUCUUAAAGAUGAAGUAAAUGAACAAUGUCGGCUCGUAAUUUUGUAG